AUGGAGGACAUUCGCUUCGUCACCAUCACUGGGGAGGUGAACAUCACCAAAGUUGACUACUACAUUACCCGGCCGAAAGUCCCGAUGAAUGUCUAUGUCUACGGGAUCUACCAAACAGACUGGAUCUUUAUCAAGGGCAUAAGCGCGGAAAACUCAAGAAGAUUUAUCGUUACAUUGGUGUGCGGCCAAGAGUACGAGACAAACGACAACGCCUUCUCCAUGGACGUUCGCUACGACUUCGAAUCCUCACAGAGAAAGAUUUUAUUCUCGUACAAGUCUGGCGGGUUUUGGUCGGAUGCAACAGAGAUCACUGCUUUUCCAUUCACCAUUGAUACGGACUUCGAUCUGGGCAUCAAGGUCGAAUUGGAAACCUUCAAGGUCUACGUAGGCGGAGUUUACCUGACAGAGACCGACCACACCAUCGAGGGCGCCGACUAUCUCGACAUUAGAGGGGAUGUCAAUGUCAGCAAAAUAACCUUUAAAUGAACCAAGUUCAUUCAGCCGCUAGAAAAACUUUUUUUUUCUUCCUUUCUUUUCAUCAGCUAAAGUCUUAUGUGAUCGUCUGUAAAUGACGUCACACCCUUCCAUCCUCACUCCUAAAAUAACCAGGGUUAUAAUUUUUUUUUUAACUAAUUCAAUCUUUUAUCUUUUUUUUUUUAAUCUCUCUAAAACCGAAAUAUUGUCUUAAAUUGAUGGCCCUUUAAAUCUUUUAUUUUUAAUCUCUCUAAAACCGAAAUAUUGUCUUAAAUUGAUGGCCCUUUCAAUCUAUCAUUUUUUAAUCUCUCUAAAACCAAAAUAUUGUCUUAAAUUGAUGGCCCUUUCAAUCUUUCUUUUUUAAUCUCUCAAAAACCGAAAUAUUGUCUUAAAUUGAUGGCCCUUUCAAUCUUUCAUCUUUUUUUUAAUCACUCAAAAACCGAAAUAUUGUCUUAACUUGAUGGCCCUUUCAAUCUUUUAUUUUUAAUCUCUCAAAAACGGAAAUAUUGUUUUAAAUUGAUGGCCCUUUCAAUCUUUCAUCUUUUUUCUUUAAUCUCUCAAAAACCGAAAUAUUGUCUUAACUUGAUGGCCCUUUCAAUCUUUUAUUUUUAAUCUCUCUAAAACCAAAAUAUUGUCUUAAAUUGAUGGCCCUUUCAAUCUUUCAUCUUUUUUCUUUAAUCUCUCUAAAACCAAAAAAGAAUCUUAAAUUGAUGGCCCUUUCAAUCUUUCAUCUUUUUUCUUUAAUCUCUCGAAAACCGCCCAUAUUUGUUCCUCAUCUUACUUACGCUGCGCCAUCCAACCUUUAACGAAACUUUGUCCAACAUUUAAAUAUGCACCGUUGUGUUUCUACCGGUUAAAAAAUCAUUAAUCGUCCCAAAAGUUUAGCACAAAAUUUUACAUUUAGGUUUAGUGAAUGAAGAUUAAAAAUGCCUAUUUCGUUGUUGAUUCUGAAGAAAUUUCGCUGUUAGGCAAUGUUUCGGGCGUCAUUGUUUAGCACUUUCGUUUUACUUUUCAACGAUCUUUAAAGGAAAUUUUCGUCUUGGUUCGGUGGGUUCUGUAUGAGGACUUUAUGUCGACAUGUCUUAUUUCUUCCAACCCCACUCCAACCAUUACAACCCUCAGCUUGUAGUUUGUAUUGGUAUGCCUCAUUGUAUUUUGAAUAAAUAAGCCUUGAGAUAAAACGGCCGUUUUGAACAACAAAACCUUGAAAUAAAACUGCAGUUACAAAAGUAUGAAAUUAUCUGAUGUUUUCAUUUCUCAUUGUAUUUUGAACAACAAAACCUUGAAAUAAAACGGCCGUUACAAAAGUAUGAAUUUAUCUGAUUUGUAUGCAUUUCUCGUUGUAUUUUGGACAACAAAACCUUGAAAUAAAACUGCCGUUACAAAAGUAUGAAAUUAUCUGAUUUUUAUUCAUUUUUCAUUGUAUUUUGAAUAACAAAACCUUGAAAUAAAACGGCCGCUACAAAAGUAUGAAAUUAUCCGAUUUGUAUCGAUUUCUCAUUGUAUUUUGAAUAUCAAAACCUUGGAAUAAAACUGCAGUUACAAAAGUAUGAAAUUAUCUGAUGUUUUCAUUUCUCAUUGUAUUUUGAAUAACAAAACCUUGAAAUAAAACUGCAGUUACAAAAGUAUGAAAUUAUCCGAUUUGUAUUAAUUUCUCAUUGUAUUUUGAAUAUCAAAGCCUUGAAAAUAAAAUGACGGUUACGUAA